GGAAGAAAAAAAACAACAGAAUUCUCAACAUUUUCACUUUGCAAAAAUACACAAAAACAAAACCCACCCCCAAAGUUAUCCUCCCCCAAUAUAUUAUUAUAAAUAUUACCUCUCCUUUUUAACCCUCUAUAAAUUCGUUCUACUUGUUCAAUUUUUAUUUUUAUUUUUAUUUGUCUUUACACUUCUCCAUGUCUUCCGGAUCAUCAAGAACUAGUACUACCACAAAUGCUGGUUCAUUCGAGUCAUUUCUCGAGAUCUGGCUUGUACGCCAAGAGCAUUACCUUGAGGAGCUCCUCUCCUCGCAACAACAUUCUCAUGAAUCCCGAGACGAGGAUCUUCGAGAAUUGAUCGAUCGCGUCCUCUCUCACUACCACCAAUACUAUGUCGAGAAAUCACGUGCUGCACAACGGGACAUCUUCCUGGUCUUCUCUCCAAAGUGGUUCACCACAUUCGAACGCACUUUCCUCUGGAUCUCCGGGUUCAAGCCAGGACUCGUGUUUCGACUGGCCUAUGAAACAAUCAAAGAUUUAGCAGAAGAUCAGAGGGUAAAAAUUGCAAACCUAUCGAAGGAGACUAAAGUGCAGGAGCGAUCGCUGAACGACGAAUUGGCCAAAAUUCAGGAGAGCGUGGCGUCGCCGCCGUUGUUGGAGGUGGCAAGAACGCACGGAAGAGUGAGCGACCCAUUAGUGGAGGCGGCAGGGGCAACGGAGACAAUGAGAUCGAGUAUGGAGUCAGUGGUGGCGAGUGCGGACUUGUUGAGGAUGACUACGGCGGUGAAGAUGGUGGAAAUACUGAAUCCUGUGCAGAACGUGAGGUUCUUGGCGGCUGCGACGCAGCUUCAGCUUAGGAUCAGGAGUUUGGGCUUGCAGAGAGACGCUGAAAGAGGCGUCAACGACUCACUCUGAAAUGCUAGAAAAGAAACUGUGACGAGAUUAUAUUACUUGCCUGUCUUUAACGGUAUGGCUAGGGAAUUAACUAGUUGAUCAGUAUUUCAAGUUUGUUUGGUGAAGCCAUGGAGCUUGUAGUUGUGGUAUUCCUAUACAGAAUACGGUAUUUAUGUACAGUUAAAAUAAUUAUUGUAAUUAUAUAUUUUGUAUUUAUGCAGUUUGGUUCCUUUGAUAA